GUCCUCUCUCGGCGUAGUGUUACCCUCCGCGAACAUCGGGCUGCCUCCUGCCACUGCCGCUGCCGCUGCACGGCUCUGCCAGCAACGCAGUCAGCGCGUGUUCCAUCAUCGCAGGCCCAUCCAGCGUCGGACCAACGACAACUGUUCCUCGCUUCACCCCCCGUGGCUCUCUCGCGGAUGGCCCCAGAAUAACCCUGGCAUGUCUACCCUCCGAUCAUACUUCUGAAAAGUUCCAAAAAGAACGAUCCAGCUAUCCCUCUCUCCUCCGACCAAACUCAAUCAGACAUCCUUUCAAGUUCUUCUUGUCGACCCCCGUUGAGCCUUUGCCUACCCCUUGAACACCACGGACCCGACGAUCCCUGCUACGUGCGCUCCUCUACACGAGCCAUCCGCGCGCUUUCUGUGGAAAGACGCCAUUCGACCUGCAACACGGACGAUCCAGCCGGUGGAUUUAUCGACAUCACGAUGGCGUUUUGACCAUUGACGUACAAAUCUAGAUGCGUUCUUCUUUGAGACUCCAGCUAUGCUCUGGAAGCGCAGUCGACUGCAACGCCCAAUCCUCCCCGUUCGAUGCUGGCCAUUGACGCAGUUUCGGCCUUGGGCUCCAGAGAUAUGAGUAUUUCCAACGUCAUGGACUCAGGCAAUGCCCCGGCGGCCAACUCCCGACCCAUGCUUCGGCCGGAAGACGCAAACCGCCUGGGCAGGCCUUCGCGACAAGAUGAAGCUGAGGGACAACCUCGAGCUCUGAGCGAGAACGCCAGACCCGGCCUUGAGCGAGCGAACACAUCCGUUCCUGUGGAUACCUCUCCUCGAGCUGAAGACCGAUCGACCGGAGAAACAAAGGAUGAGCCAGCCUUACUGUCACUUGAGGACACUACUGAGCUCUUCAGAAAGAAAGUGGCGGAUGCGAGACAGGAGACCGAGCAUGCCUUUGCUGGUAGCGAGGCGUUCGGCGACGCCGUCAGGCCCAAGCUUACUCUGGACCUGGGGCACUCGAAUAUAGCCAGACUACCGGAAAGCGUGGUGGAUCUGAUCAAGGCCGAGGUGGAAAGGCUCUCAUUGUCCCACAAUCAGAUCUGGCACAUUCCUCUACGGUUUGCCGAGUGUACCCAUCUGCGGUACCUCAAUAUACGCUCCAAUGUUUUCAGGGACAUCCCCCGCGGGGUGUACAAGCUUAGUCAAUUGGAAAUCCUGGAUAUCAGUCGCAACAAGGUGCGGAGGAUUUCGAGUGACAUACGCAACCUGAAGUCGCUGCGGGUGUUUUCUAUCGUUCACAACCGUAUCGAGGAUCUGCCGGCCGAGUUGUGCGAGUUGAACAAGCUGCAGAUAUUGAAAGUUGCGGAGAAUCCUCUUCGAUUCAAGCUGAAAAAGAUCGUGGAAGCCAAAGAGUCGGAGGUUUCUUUUUCCGAAAUGACAGAUCAUGAAAGAGAAACGGCCAUUACGCUGGAGAUCAAACGAUACCUGAGAGAAAUUCACCCCGCGACCGCCGAAGCCGAAGCAUCUCUUGAGGUGGAUGAGAGUCCCAUGGAGACACCGAAACCUUUGAAACGUGCUUUGAGCAGCAGAUUUCCUGUAAUUCCCAGCGGCAGUUCCAUUGACAUUGGCUCGGACGGCAACAGAUCGUCGCCGCUCCAGCCGAAUGCUCCUCCCAUCCCGACCCGGUCACACUAUAGAGUGACAUCCGGGAACCAAACUGUGGCCAUGCGGAGGCCCGGAAUUGCGCCUUUGAUCAGUCAAAACAAUAAUGAGCGGAACCGGAGUAACAGCGAGGGUGUGUUGCAAGCAUCGGCGGCGGCUCGUCACAAGAGAAUGGGCAUUCUCAGACGGGAAAAGCCGGAUCUGGACAGCAUUGAUGAAUUGCGGGCAAAUCGCAACAGUCAUCUCAGGGGGUUCAGCCAUGGCUCUGCCUUGAAGCGUAAUGGUGUUUUGUCGUCCCCUGGGGCGGCUAGUUCUUCGAGUCCCAGCAGUCCCAGGGAUGUAAGAAGGCACAGAUUGGCUUUUGUCAAACGACUGUCAAGCCUGCCUGAGCACAAGGUUGAGCAGGAGUGGAAAAGCCCCAUCAUUGAAGGCGCCAAAGGCAUCCUCUAUGCCUUGUAUCAAGUUCACCCCCAGAUCUCCGGCCUCAUUGCUGCAAUCAGGGGGAAAGACGUACGGCGCAGUACGUUGGAAUUCACGUUUUUCAAUGCUUCCACCCAUGUGGACCGUCUGAACGAGGCGCUGGAACAAGUCGACAUGGUCGACCCCGAAGACGAGGACGCCGUGGAGAAGAUCGAGUCCACCGUCCAACGAGAUUGUGCUACAUGUAUCAUGGCUUAUACGCAUGUGACGGCUCAACUCCAAGAUAACGUGAAAAAGAUCGUGGCCGUGAUUGAUGCACGGUAUGUCCGGACGCUGAUGCUUCUUUUGUACGGGAGCAUGGCGGAAGUGAGAAAUGCAAUCCAGAGCUUUGGCGCGGAUGUCAAGGUUACACAAGGUUUGGGUCAUAGAAGACAGAUGUCCAGUGGCAAUACGCAUCCCAUCCAGACUAUCCCUGAAGAAUUCAGCACGCCUUCCCAACCGGUUCGGGCCAGCACCCCUACGCGGGACAGGCAUUGGCCUUCAAGGCAGAUUGGGAGAUUGCGCAGUGACACGGCCAUUCAACAUGCAGUGGUCGAAACCAACCCAGGACAUCAACCGAACUCUGUACCACCUGCAAACACGGCUGUCUUCCCGACACCAAUCCAACUGAGUGGUAGCACCCUCAAUGGUGGACUGCCGACGGGAACCUCGACAACGUUCUCCAACAGUGGCACUAUGGCCUCAUCAUCCACCACGUCUGGCUUGAGAUCGAGGUCGAGUUCGCGUAACGCCCAGCUCAUCAACGGUCUCGGAUCUUCAUCUCUUGCCAGUACACCUCGCUCCGGUGAAGGAUUUAGCCUGCCGCAGUCAACCGCUUACGGAGUUCGGGUGAAUCCUUCCACGGGACUUACUGAUGCUCAUGAAGAGGCGGUGUUUGAGCAAAUCUUCCUCGCACUGACACGCGCCUACGAUGCUGCAUUGCAUACCAUCCCCAUCGCCAAGCAACAGUUCCUGCGGUGCUUGGAGGCCGCUGAGGAGAACCGCCAGCCCAAAUCCGUGCACGAACUGUGGUCCACCCUUGUGUACCGGUGUAAAUUGUGCAUCGAAGUCAGUGAGGCGCUUCGGAUGAGGUUGGUCAAUAUGCGUCUGAAGGAUCCCAGUAUGCAUGUAGCGCCCUCGGCCAAUGGACGAAAUGAUCCUUCGCUUUGGCUUUUGUGCAAGAAUUUUCUCAUGAGCUUCGUUGACCUGCUCACAUAUAUGCGAGAAGCAAAGGCUCUACGGUUGCUGUCUCAGGAGCUCAUCACCAUGUUACGACCGGUACAAAAGGCGAGCCGGGAAGCGGGCCGUUUGAUCGAGUCGAGUCCGUGGAGGUAUUUGACAGACAGCGCCACUGCCGCCAUGCCGCCCCCUAGCGUGUUUAAUCCUGCGUCAAGUCAGCAGUCAGCAGUGAACGGCAACGGCUACCCCAGCAGUAUAAACGAAAUCCAGGGGUACGCGGGCCCAGGUCAAUUGGGGAACCACUCCCUUCCUAGUCCGUUCCCUCCUCCAAUCACCUCGGUCCCCGCAAUUCCAACUUCGUCGUCGGCAUCAGUGAGCAACAAUACCACUGCCGCCAAGGCGACGGUCAAUGGAAAUAAUGGGUUCGGUUAUCCUGGUGCCACUGGAGUCAGUCCUGUCUCCGCACCGUUGCCGGCCACACCUUUAUCGGCAGCCUUGGGCCCUGCAGCGCAAGCCACCGUGCCCAGUACGCCAGCCAGUGCUUACGGUGAUCAGUUCUUCAAGGGUGAUGUGUUUCAGCGAGCGGAUAGUUUGUUGAGCAUGCCGCAGGCUGGAAGCGUGAAUUUCCUGAACCGGCGGUGACGAAGGACGUGAAGCGAACGAAUACACAGAAGGAGGCUAGCAUUGCUACAAAAGGGAAUCAAAAGAAAUGCACUUCCAAUGGAUGCGAGAUUGAAUUACUGACAGAGAUUACGCAUUAUGCUAUCCUAUGAAGGAUGACGCAUCUGUGCCUCUCAGCACAUAGCGGCGUGGGAGGAUGCACAUCUGAUCGACGAGGAAUCAAACCUCAACCGACUAUGGAAAAUGUGCGCAGCUUUCACCUACAGCAUGCGAGCCUCAGACACCCACUUUGGAUGUGACUGGCCGAGGAGCGAGCAAUCCACCAUGUUCUUAUAUUAUUGUUACCACUAUCAGAAGACAAGUUGAUUGCAACUUGCAAGACGGGGCCGUCCGGGAUUGGAUUUUUGUUUGUGUGAAUUGAAAGGACGCCCACCAACACCACUGUUUUGGAUUCUUAUUGGAUCGCCAAUCAUGACUCAAGAUGAUAUGAAUAUGAUAUUUUUGUAUUUUCAAACAACAGCAGGGCGAUGUGAUGCCCUGUGAGGCGGGAAUAGAAGGGACAGGACAAGAAUCGGCGGCGGGUGAGGCGUAAGUGUGAGAAGCAAGGGAAAAGGGAAAAGGGAAAAGGGAAAACAUUUGGGUGUACAUUUACGGUGAGAGCGUGGAAACGGAAAACGGAAAUGGAAAAGGCAGCUGGAGCCCUUCUCGCCUUGGCUUGGGAAAACAAGGCUCCCGUGUCGUCGAGGGUCAUGUGCUACAAUGCUGUUUAUACAUAUCAAAGAGUUGUAUUGAACGGAUUGUAUCAAUUGAAAUGUACCCUUGAUGAAUAAAUCGGUCUCUGCAGCCCAUGGUUAGACUGACUGCCAUGGUCGGUUGGUCGGUCCAGUUCAAAUACUGGAUUAUCAUAUCAUAUUGUACUUUGUACUGGAGGUAUGUAUGUAUGUAUGUAUGUAUGUAUAGUACGUUCGUUGCCCUGUCCGUCACACGGCCCAGCCGCCCGGCUUGGUGACUUGACGACCUCAGAAC